UUCUAACAAAUCCACUCCAGGAUACCCGGGACGCGGAUGAUCGACGUCUCCUUCGGAAGUGAUUUGCUGAGUCAGAGCUGCACAGAUCUGAGUGAAUCAUCAAGUGCCAUGUCCGUGCAGACAUCAUGUCUGAGCUCAUCCCGUCACCCAGGACUCUGCUGGACUGGUGCAGAGUCACGUGCACCAGUUACCCCUCCGUGGACAUAAGCAACAUGUCCACCUCGUUCAGAGAUGGACUCGCUUUCUGUGCCAUCAUCCACAAGCACAGACCGGACCUGAUAGAUUUCCGCUCCCUCUCCAAACAUGAUGUUUAUCUCAAUCACAAACUGGCGUUUCAAGUUGCAGAAACAAAGCUGGGCAUCCCUGCGCUGCUGGACCCAAAAGAACUGGUUUCCACCCGGGUCCCUGAUUGUCUGAGCAUCAUCUCGUACCUUUCAUACUUCUACUGCGUCUUCAACAGGAACACUCAGGCAGGUUCCUCUGGUUCGAGAUCAUCGCUCGUCUUCAACAAGAGUAAAACUCCUGAUGGUCUUAAACCCCUGAAGAGCUUGACUCAUCUGGAAACCGAUCGGUUAUCCACGAGGCCUCGGACGGUGUGUAAUCUGUGUUUCAAGCCCGUCCACCUCAUCCAGAGACAUCUGAUCGACGGGAAGGUUUUUCACCGCAGCUGUUUCAGGUGCAAACUGUGCCACAGCACUCUCUUACCAGAGUCGUACACACAGGGCAGUGACGCUGUCUCCUUCAUCUGCAGCGACCAUUUCACAGACAGUAAAAACACUCAUGUUGACCUCAAACAGAAAAGUGGAUCUGCUGAAGACCGUCCCAGGCGUGCCCUUCAGUCAGGCUAUGUGUCUCUGUGUGGAUUGGCUGUCUCCAGCGUCCCUUAUUACACUGAGACAACAGAGUCACAGGACAGACCGGUUUGGGAAGCAGCAGAGGCCAAGGAGAGGAGCAGCCUGGUGGAAUGCAAAGAUAACAGAGACUCAGCUGCUGGACUGAAGAACAUGUUGAAGACGCCAGCACCUCCUCAUCUUCCUCCACCUCAUCCUCCUCCACCUCGUCCUCCUCCACCAAGUGACGGGUCGGUCGCAGGGGCUGGAAAAGAUGAAGCUGCACCUAUUCAGACAGAUGGCGAGACUCAACAAGAAGCCACAGAGACUCACCAGCCGUCUGAGCGCUCCUCGCCGUGUGUACGAGUGACGGAAGGAAGCGGUUGGCAGGUUCCAGCACCGAGAGAAAAGUCCGACUCAUCCGUGGUCCCUGUUCCUGCACCGAGGACCAAAACCUCCCAGACCACAACCAGCUCUACAUUGAAACCCAGCCAUCCGUGGAUGACCAUCAUUCACCCAGGACCCUGGACCCAGCUGCCUCCUGCUCCCCCCCCGGUGCCCACUCCUCGGACCAAGUCUGUGUUUAAACGGCAGGGUCCCUGGUACGGAUCCAAAGUGACACCCCCCAAUCCAUUUGAAGAGUACAUGAAGGAGGAGGAGGCUCCGAAACCUGAGCCCUCGGUGGAGGUGCUCCUUUCAGAGGGUCAGGGCAGUUUGGUAAAGAUCAUCGGAGCCACAGAGGUGAUUGUUCUAUCUGAUGAAAAUACUAAAUCAGAUGUAAACCCGCUGGAUGAAGACAUUCCAGCUGAGACACCAGAUUACAACGAGGCUCAACCAGGGGGAGCGAGUGUGGAGAUGUCCAGUGAACCAGCUGCAAACUCAGGUCAAAUCACUUCCACACAUGUGGGAGAAAAUGGAGAGACGGGUGUUUCCCUCCCAGAUGUGACCGAAGCAGCUGCAUGGCCACAUGUUGCACCAGAUGAGGGCCAGAGUCCCGUUUUACCCAGAAGCCUCUCUGUUCCCGUCAUCACGUCGGUCCACUCUCAAGGUUCCUCGCUGCCGGCCGGUCUAGGGAGUGAAUCGGCCUCAGGCUGGCAAAGUAAGCCGGCCUGCAGAGAAAAUCCUUUUGAUCGAAAUCCCACGAUGAUCAAAUCGAAGACUUUCCAGGCGCUGCCGUCUCAAAGGGCGCCGGCUCCUGGACACGGCUUCCCUCUCAUCAAGAGGAAGGUGCAGUCGGAUCAACAUGUUUCUACAGAAGCGCUGCAGACUGAGAUGACAGAGGUGGAGAAACGUCUGGAGGCUCUGCAGCACAGAGGAGUGGAGCUGGAGAAGAAUCUGAGAGACUGCCAGAACGAUAAAGAGGAGGAACGAAUGCUGAUGGAGUGGUUCUCUCUGCUCCAUGAGAAACAAGCUCUGGUGCGCAGAGAUACCGAGCUGCUUUAUCUGACAAAGCAGCAGAAGUUAGAGGAGAGACAGGCGGAUGUGGAGUAUGAGCUCAGAUGCAUCCUGAAUAGACCUGAGACGGACUGGAGUCAGGAGGACCGGGGGCGAGAACAGCGGCUAAUGGACGAGCUGGUAGCCAUCAUCGAGCAGAGGAACCAGAUCAUCAGCAGCUUGGAUGUGGACAGGCAGAGGGAAAGAGAAGAAGAUGAACUUUCUGAGGACAAGAAGAAGAACAAAGCGCUCCAGAGUGACGAGCUGAAGGAGCUGAAGGAUCUGAAGAAGUCAAAAGGAAAGUUCAAGCCCACAAAUGUGUUUAAGAUGCUCAACCAUAAAGCAGAAAGCAUCAAGGGCUCCACGGACAAAAAGAGCUGAUUUACAAACAUGAAAUGUUUUACAGAUACAAAGUUCUCAUAAAUAACAGAGUCAUUUUAUGGUUUUAGACUAUGAAGGUGUUAAUAUUUAUUUUGACCGCAGACGAUGAUUAUCAUAUGAAAUAUGAUAAUAAUAAUAUAGUAAUGUCAAGAAGAGCAGCUCAGUAGUGUAGACAAGAUGAAAUCUAAUUUUCUAUCUCUGCUAAUUUUUUAACUGUA